AAAAAGAAAGAAAGAGAAAAUUAAUUAGGAAACAAAGAAGAAAAUGAAAUUUAAUGUUUUGAUACACCUAAUGCAUGUUCUCGCUCGUUUCUUACGAACGUUCGUAACGUGAGUGAAAAGAUAUAUGCAUGUGUCAAGAACGCGACUUAAUAAAAUUUAAGUUAUAUCAAGUCAAGCAAAUUUAUAGGAACGUGUAAAAUGGAUAAUUUUUCAUCUUUAAGCACACUGUUAUACGUUCGAAAUACAGUUUUACUAGCUCUGUGGACGUAAUAUACCUGUAGGUUAUAAAUAUCGAAGAUUUAUCGAUUUAUCAUUUGAUCAAGUAUUUAUCAUUUGAUCAAUUAUGUUGUCCCGGAAAAAUAAGGAUUUAAGGACAAUUAAAGAGGGUGUUGUUGGUAAAUAUGUUAAAAAAGAAACUCCGCCUGAAAUGCCAAUUAUUAAUGUAUGGACAACAGAACCAAAUAGAAGGACAAGGAAUCGUAAUAAUCAUCCAACUAUUCCUACAUCCAUGUCCAUACCACAACAACCCAGUAUGGUACAGAAGUUUGGAAACACUAAGACAACUAUGAGUGCAGUAGGUUUAGGAAGUCACGAAGGAAAGUAUACUCCGAAUAGUUCUGUUCCGGAUUUAGCUCAAAGAUUUGCCAGUCUUUCUGUCAAUACUAGUACAAGGGAUGGGAUGUCAUCUCGCACUGCAACUCCAAUGCAUCAUUCUGGACCUUCACCCGCUAUAUCUCAUACUUAUGUUAAUCAAUAUGCCGGAUCCGAGUAUCAUUUAGAUAGGGUUCAAACACCGCAGAUGCCUUACAAGUCUUUUGACAUUGAUUCAGGUUACGAUGAGUACAAUCACUCUCCAUACUGUCAAAACACAGGAUAUAGUCGUUGCCAAUCAGAAAGAUCAAGUUCUAGGAACGAACAGCAAGAAGAACUUCCUUUACCCCCUGGAUGGUCUGUGGAUUUCACUCUUAGAGGUAGAAAGUACUAUAUAGAUCAUAAUACAAAAACCACUCAUUGGUCUCAUCCUCUUGAGAAAGAAGGUUUGCCUACGGGCUGGGAAAGAAUCGAGUCACCUGAAUACGGUGUUUAUUAUGUUAACCAUAUUACGCGACAAGCACAAUAUGAGCACCCAUGUUAUCCUCAUGAGAUACAAGCAGUGCGCGUUGUGUCACCUCCGCGCCACACGCAUUUUCACUCUCACAGUGUUUUAGUUCCAGCGAAUCCUUACCUUAAUGAAGAGAUACCUCAUUGGUUAUAUGUAUACAGUAGGGCGUCAGUAGCAUUGGAUCGCAAACUGCGAUGGGAACUUUUUCGUUUGCCGGAACUUGAUUGUUUUAACGCCAUGCUUACUAGAUUAUAUAAGCAAGAAUUAGAGGAGGUAGUCAUGCGUUAUGAAGAAUACAGGUCAGCUUUGUUAUGCGAAAUGGAACAAAGACUGAAGGAAUUAAAUCCAGAAACUUCUGGAGCAAUCGCCUUACGACAGUCUCUCCCUUGAUCGAAUAUACUCGUGUAUUAUUAAUUAUUUGUAAUACAGAUGAUAGAAUUUGACUAAGUAUUGUGUUUAUAAAGUAUAUUUGUUAAUAAACUGAAUUUAUUAAAAA